UAUGAUCUGAGCGCACAUGCAGUCAAUGCGAAAUUUUAAACACACGCGGGAUGUAAGUAAAUCAAAGGAAAAUUAAAAACUGACCAGAAGCGGUGUUCACCCUGAUACUGAAUAACGAAGAACAAAAAAAAAUCUGUUCUUUGGCUGGAGACGAUUUUUUUUGUUGUUGUUGAAGAAUUCACAAUAAGUUUAGGAUUUUUUCAAAAAAAAAAAAAUCCGUUACAUGAAAAUCGAAUUAAAAGUUUUCAGUGAAUAUUUUCAUUGAAUUGAAUGAAUUUUGUAAUUGGUUUCCACAGUUGGAAAACAGAAGUGCAAAGUCAUUAAUCGAGUGGCAAAAAAGGACCAACCGAAUUUUAUUUAAUUUUGUUUUAUUUUUUGUCAAUUUUUCGAUUUCGGGAUAUGUGCAACGGUGUGAUAACAGAAAAUAAAAGUGUGAAUCAACUUCAGUGCAGUAUAAAACUAUCAUCGAUUUGACUCACUCAGGAUGAGUCUUAUUAAGCAAAGACUUUGAAUCAUCGCCAAUGGAUUUUUCGUUUCAUUACCGAUAUUAUAUCUCUUUUUUCACUCAUAACAUGAUCACCGCAUAAUUAUCAUCGUCGACCAAAAUCGAUAGUGUUUGGAAAAACAUUGAAAGUGAAACGAAGAAAAAAAUCAAUUAUAAGAAAUCAGUUAAUGAGUGAUUGAAAAUUGAUUAUUUAAAACGAAAAACAAAAACUGGAUUAACUGGGAGCGAGGCAAAGCGAACGUUUAAUAACAGCAGCGGUGUGCGCACACGCGCAAUUUGUGGCGCUCAAUUUAAAUGAGAUCAAAAACCUGAUCGAAAACGAUAUAUAGACAAGAGGCAAGAAAACGCACGUUCCACAUAUCGCAAUUGAACGAACGAGAGUGAGAGACGUACCGUAGCCGGAGAAAUAUAUUGCCGAUUUUCGUUUGGCGAAAACGAAACACGAUAAACAUUUAACAUACCCGGAUCACAAUGAAACAGUUGCUGCGACUUUUAACAGCUUUAAUGCUGUUCUUUGGAUUAUGCCACAUAGUUUGUGCACAACGACGUGGAACAAUGCGGUUCAUAUCUAGUCCCGAUGAGCUUUCCGAAUGGGAUAGUCACAAAACAGUGGCAACAUCAUCAGACAGUAUAAGUCGAGCAGAUGUACUUUCUCAUGAUAAUGUGCAAUCAACAAGACGUGGUCGGUAUCGAACAACGACAACAACAACACCGCCCGAUGAUACAUUGGCCGAUUUCAAAACAGCCAAAGUACCGGUUUAUCGUGUGCGUGGUCGAAAUCGAAGCAAUAAACAGGACACGGAAAAUGAUAAAAAUUUGACCGAAUCAACAACGGCCGCAACAACAAUCGUUAAAUCGAAUGGUGAAAGUAACAAUCGAACGGCACGCCGAAAACAAUAUCAAUCGAAUAAACAGCGAACAAUUACACGAAAUGAAAAUCAAUCAAUUGAAACGAAUAACAAUAGCAAUAAAGACGCUGUGUCAUCGACGGCAACGCAUCACGCAACAUUUUCUAGUCGUAAACAUCAAACGGAUUUGGAAUCAACAAAAUCCACAACCGAAUUACCGGCAAAUCAUCAACCGGACAACCAUCGUAAAACCUACAGCGAUACAGUGAAUAUAAGAAAGCAACCGACUGGUCGCCGAUAUCGAAUUCGCACUGCUGAGGCGAAUGCAAUCAAUGCAAAUGGCCAAGCGACAGAAAGUGAGAAAAAAGUUGCAGCAGCGGCAGCAAUUAAUUCGGCUACCGUCUCCGCUGUUGUUUCUUCGACAAAUGAUACAAAAGGCAAAAAAACCGAACGUAAUGAGAAUGGAGAUGACGAACAAAACUAUCCAGAACAUUUUAAGGCAUUAUUAAAAUCGAAAAAAACAACCGUAUUGCCAUCGAGCCGAAUCAAUAAUGUUGCAUCGAAAAAGCAAAAUAUCCUCGCAUCGACAACAUCAUCCACACCAGAACAAUCAACGACCACAUUGCGGCCACCGUAUAAGCAUAAAAAAAUUGAACGACCAAAUUUAAAAUUACUUUUCCCUUCAUUGCACACAUCGUCCACGACAAGUGAAUCAACGCCCUCAACAGCACCGGCAGCAGCAGCAGCAGCUGUUACUACAAUCAAUGAAACUGAUCAAAUGGCAACAACCGAUGAAUUAAAUACGGAAACUAAUGUACCAUCCGAUGUGCCAAGCACAACGGUCAAGAGUAAAACGACCGUUCAAAAGCAAAUUAGUGGCGUUAAGUUUAGCUCCAAAAUUCGGACCGAAGGUGGUGAUGAUUCGUUGGCUGCAUUUCGAUCAAGAUCGACAUCAUUAGUUUUUGACACCAAAAGUUCGACAUCACGAACACCGAAUAUCAAAUCGGAUGUGCCACCAACAAAUCAUCGAUUUUCAGCCGGGCCUGUUCUUGAUACGCCAAAAUUCAGUGCUCGAUAUAAAAGUGGCGAAGGUGCUCUAUCGUUGGCCGCAUACCGUAAGAAUUUAAUGCGUGAGAAACCGCCGUUCUAUACACCAACAACGCCACCAAUUACGACACAAGUUAAUGAAAUCGAUUGGGCGGCAUCGGAUUACAGUUAUCAUUAUAAUGAUGUUGAACCAAUUCGUAGCGGACUAAUGCAGAAUCCACCGUUGAAUGUGGAAACAUCACAUCAUUCAUCGUCAUCGGUGACGGUGUCGAUAUUUGGCGCUCUAUCCGAAAUUCUCUCGCAUACCACCGAAAGUCUAAGUUUUUUAACAUCAACAACGACCGAAUAUACACCAUUAUCACACACUCAUAGCACAUUCCUAAGCACAAACCACGACCCAGCCCAAAUACAAAAAAUCCAAACCGAUAUACCAAAAAUACCAUCCAUGACUGGCGAUAGCACCAUCACAACCACCACCACUACCAAUGCCAAAAUCAAUAACGAUUCCAACGAAUUUCGAUUACCCAUUUUAAACGCAUUCGAUUCAAAUGAAGCAAUCACCAGUAGUAGCAAACCAUCUUCUUCUCAUACCACCGUAGUCACAUCGAACAAUGAACAGGUAGACACAAAAUUGACAAGUAGUUACACACAAAUCAGCACCACAACUCAAAAACCAUUUUCAAGUAGCAUCGCGACCAUUCUUAAAUCAGACAUAAAUGAUAGUCGUAUGCAUAUUGACGCAAAUAAAAUGCAUCAACAGCAACACCAUCAUAGCAAUCAUUCUAGUAAUAGUGACGUUAUGAUUGUACUAGCAUCUAGUGAUAGGUCAUCCAUGCAAAGUAAUAAUCGAACCGCACAUGCGAUUCGUACAACACAUAGCGAACAACCUGAAUUAAAAAUGCAAAUUAAUACGAUUACCGAAUCGUUUUUGUCGUUAAAUAAUUUUACAACUCAAACGAAUGUUGCGGCCACUUUAAAAACGUCAAAUGUGUCACAGCACUCAAAUGUGAUUCCAAUUUAUCCGAUUUAUGUAUCCACAACCACCACAGUCCCAACGACAAGUUCCUUAUCCUCAAUGUAUGUGCAUCAAUCAUUUUCCACUGAAUCUCCUUCUACAUCCAACACUUCCAUGACAACGACCACAACGAAGACGACUAUUGAUCGACCAAAAUCUAUUACAAUACCAUUAUCGCCGGUUACAACAAAUUCGGAAAUGGAAAUGAUGACAACGACGACGACGACGACGAUAGCUGACCAUAGUCACAAUCAUACAACAAUGACAACUAUGUCAACUGAAAAUUCAAUGAAUUCCAGUGCGGAACAGUUAGGCAAAUACCUACAAAAGGCAAACACCAGCAAUAUACAUUCAAAAUCAGAGAAUGUAUUUAGUUUGGCACCGCCAACAUCACAGCUCAGCGAUGGUAGUACUAACGGGUUUGGUUUGAAUGGACAAUAUCGGCCCAUUUCACUCGAUGACUAUGAUUCAUUGCCAUCAUCAAAUGAAGUAACAAGCAAUGAAUCAAGUUCAACCACUGGCAAUACCGAAUCCGAUCCAUUUUCACUGAGCAAUGAGUUUGAUAUAACACAACAACAACCAACUAUGACAAAAGCAACGAGUCCAAAAUCAAAUCGUGAAUAUAUUACAUCGUUUACAACAACAACGACAACAACACAAAAGCCGCAUAUUGAAAAGGGAGUAAAAAUCAUACGUGAAUUGGUCGAACAAGCUCGAACAACAGAAGAACCCGACACCAAUCGACCAAUACAAUCGUUAACCACAGUAAAAACUUUUGUAAAGGAACACAGACCAGUGACAACACAGAAACCAAAAGCGCCCACAUCAGCACCGCCAGUGCCGGCAAAUCACCGACCUACUUGGGCGAUUGAAAGUACAUCGAUUCGGAUGAAACAUCCGAAUCAUAACUUCGAUGGUUUCGAUAGUACAGAGAGAUAUAACAACGAAAAUGCUAUCAAAACAUCACAACGACCGACAAGCACUCGAACAACAACCAAAAUCAAUACUACUGUGAAAACAACAACACGUGGAAACAGCAUAACAAGCGCAACCACACGUUCACCAAAAACCGAAAAAACGAAACCAACGACAACGACGACAACAACAACUAGCGAAACGGAAUUACCAAUCGGUAUCAAUGAUAUUGAAGAUUUAUUACAGAGUAUUCCGACAACGACGCGACGAGCCAAACCAACGACAACAACAACAACAAGAACAACAACAAGAGCAACAACAACACGCAGCAAACAAACCACACCGGCUGCAUCAGACAACGAUGAUUUGAACUUUUUGCGUCAAGUGCAACGUCUUUUGCAACGUCCAACAUCAACUCGAAAACCAAUUCAAACAAAAUCAACGACUGCAUCAACUUCCGUAACGAGCACCACCACUAACAGCGACAAUGGCGACAACAGCACACCAAAGCUCGAAAUUUACACGGUAUCAAAAACAAAGAAUGAAAACAGCAGCGGUGGGCCGACAUCAACUUUCGAUGAUUUAUUGAACAGCUUUCAAAAGGAAGCAGUAACCACCACCACACGACGACCCCAAUUGACCACAUUCUCUGAUGCAGAUGAUAUUGCAUUUUUAAAAGGAUUACGACAAAUUGCAGUUGACACAAGUACACCAAAAACAACACGAAAUCCAGACUUUGCAAAGCAAAUUAUUGCACAGUUUUCGCUCAAUCAAACAUCAAAGGUUCAGCCAGAGAAGACGAAUGCAUUGAAUGUAGACGGUUAUCCGCAGGUGCCAACCAUUGGUCGUGAUGAAAUUGAAAAGAAUAAAAAUGAUGUUGCAUCGCUUAACACUGAUUUACAAUUGCUAUCCACACUGUUGGGUCGACCCAUUUCACAAAAAGAUAUUCCACAAUUAACGAAACAAGCGAGCACAUUACCACCAUCAAUAUCUUCAACGACAUUACGUACGACAACGGUUCGCACAACAAAACCACCCGUCAAUCCAAAAAUCGUACAAGAAAUUGAAUUACUUCAUCAAAUCGCCAAGAAACCGGAUGGAAUUGAACCGGAUAAUGAGUUAACAUCGACCGAUGAAUUGGCUGCUAUCGAUCCAAGUGAUGCAUAUGGCAAAACGAAUGACGCACUCUUGGCAACGUUAUUGAAACAACGGGGCAUUGGACCAGCACACAAUAAUAUUCCGCUAAAUAUUUAUUCGACAACGACAACAAUGCGACCACAAUAUCUAUCACCAGCACGAUCGCCGCGACCGCUCAUCGAUGGUUUAUCCUGGUUAUGGAAGACAUGGCAGGAUACAGCACCAGGACAAGGUGGAUAUGCACCGCAAUCAUCACGAACACGUACACGUGGUACAAACAGUGAAAUUGUCACAGCCACUGAUACUGAUCUGAGUCUCGAUGAUGGCCUUGACUCAGACAUAUCAUCUCAACCGUUAGAUCAAUCUCACACCAAUGGAAAUAGUGGUUUUGGUUUUGGCAGCGGUUUACCAGGAGGUGGUCAGCUGUUGAGCGCGGCAUUAGGAGUAACACGAGCCGUUACACAAUUAUUGGGCUCAGCAUUACAGGGUGCCGGAAAAACAAUUCAAUCGGCAUGGUCAACACAAGCGUUUGGUUCAGCUUCUGGUGGAGGUGGAGGUGAUUACUUCCGAUUAAGUGGUUGAAAAUCAUAAAUCAUACAUGCAAACACCAAUGCCAUUCAUUCACGAACAAAAAAAAAGUAAUAAUUAUUGUAUAUUUACGUCGAAAUAAAAGGAAUGAGAUGAUUUGCUUCGGUUUCGCAUUUUCAAGUGGUGGCCAAACACGCCGAACACUUUAUUAUCAUAUCAAAUAACAACAAUAGCAAAUGAAACGCUACGAACCGAGAACGUAAUCAUAACAAAGUCAAAGUUUUAGACAUAAGUCGUGUAAUUUAAAUAUAUCUCUAUAAAUCGAUAAUGCGAACUGAUAAACAAUAAUUGGAACUAAGUAAAGGCAACAUGUAAAUGAUAUAGAUUUUUAGAUUAGUAAAGACGAUUAUUUCAUAAGGUUUUAAAUCAAUUUGCACACCAACUUAGAUCGAUAAGUUCAUCUCUAAUAUUCUAUCUGAAAGCAGCUGUAGGUUCCUAAUUUAUUGAAUUCAAUAUUCAUAUAACAUGUGCGUGUAUGUAAACUGUUUAAAUUAUUUAAAACCCGCAAUGCACACACAAAAUCACAUUGGAGAUCGCCCAAGCGAUUCGAGAUAGACACAUCUAAAUGUUAUUUUUUUCACAUGCAUGCGCACGUGUUUGCAUAUUAUGGUUGUCUCGGAUGGCAGUAGAGAUUAUUAGACCACAACUUUUUUUUUAGUUACACAAUUGAUUUUUGAACUUUAUCUCUUUAACAUGGCAUGUAUCCAAUGCAAAAGUGUAAUAACCACGUGCUGUUUUUAGAAGCACUCGCCUCAGCUUCACCACUGCCACUCUACUAAUUGCAAGUUAGAAUUCGUUGAACCGGAAAUAUUUACGAAUGUAAAAAAACCAGGACGGAGAAGAGGAUGUUGGCAUUGUGAUUUUUCCAGAAAUAGAAGAGUUAGAAACGGAGAAAACGAGCGAUAGAAAAAUUGAGAGAAGCUGUUAUAAGCGGUGUGGUUGCAACGGAGAAAAUUCAUGGGGUAUUCUAUUUUUUCUGUGUUUUUGUUUUUGGAAAAUUAUUAUGUUUAUAGUGAGGAUGGUGCCAUUUUCCUGAAACCCUGGUACUUCAUUAAUUAGUUCAUUUGAGUUAUAUGAUUUUAUGUGGCAAAUAUAUUUAACGCUAAGAUAAAUGUUAUUUAAUUUAGAAAGUAUUUCCGAGUGAGGUUUUUGUGUGUGUGUAUGUGUGUGUCUUGCCUUUCAUAUUCAUGCGCGUCGCUGACUGUGUACCAAAAACAACGAUCAUUUAUUUUUCUCGUUUGUUUAUAUUUUAGGAGUAAAUUGUAGAAAAAUCUCUUAAUAUGUAUAAAACACAUGUUUCGCUGUAAUUCCACAAAAUAGUAAAAGAUUGCAUGGUGUAUGAAAUGUGCUGA